CUUCUAUGUAAUGUAUGUCUCAUAUAUCAGUAGCAGAAGAACUGUUUCAGGACUGAUACUGUAAAUAUAUCCACAGCUGCUUAAACGUCUCUGAAAAAUGAUGAAGAAGCUGGUGAUUGUCCUCUCUCUCUUCAUGUCAGUAGUUAUUGCCCAGGAGUGCACUCUGAUACAUUACUUUGUGAGACAGAACAAACUGAAUAAUAAAAAGCCAGUAGAGACCCCGUCCAACGUCCUGCACAUGGAGAGUCAGCUGGGAUGUGGGUUACACUGUGCCCAGGAUGACACCUGCGCUUCCUUGACGCAUCUUGAGGGACAGUGUUUGCUCUACAAUUCAUCGGUGUUACCAUCUGAUGUUCAAGCUCCAGGUGCAAGAACCUUCAUCAAACAAGGUUAUUGUCCCGAGUCUCAAGGCUACACAUCAGUCCCGUUAGCAGACCUGUGUUUCAAAUACCAAAAGGAUCAAAUGUAUUGGACAGCCAGCCAAGAACAAUGUGAGAGUGAGGGCGGCCGCCUGAUCAUCCUGAAUACCAUGGAGAAACGUGACCACAUUGUUGCCACAUUGGGUGAUCAGUUGAUAUAUCCGCAUAUUGGUCUGCAAAGGGUGGGUGGAGCAGUCACCUGGACGGACGGUUCAACUUAUCUCCCUGGACAAACUGGAAUAGAAAUUGAUGGAUGUGGACUCCUGUAUCAUGGGUCCAUAGGGACCUAUUAUUGCAACUGGAACAGGUCUUCUUUCUGUGAAAUACCGGUGUAA